AUGUCUCUGUACUGGAAGUUCUUCAGGUUUCUCUAUCACUUGUCUUUGCACACACUUUUAAGCCAUUCUUUUGAGGGUUUGAAACGAGUCCAGAGGGUCUAUGUUUCUGCUCUAUACUCAGUGAUACCCAUUGAAGCGUUGGCGUUCAAUAACCUAUUCAACCUCUCUGAAAUCUCAAUCCAGAACGCCAGGAGUCUGAUGCACAUUGGCAGAAAGACAUUUCAUAACCUCCCCAAACUACGUUAUUUGAGCAUCUCAAAUACUGGGAUAACAACUCUUCCUGACAUUACAUCUAUCAAUUCUCUUGAAUCAGAGUUUGUCUUGGAUAUCUGUGACAACCCGUAUCUACUGGAAAUACCUCCAAAUGCCAUCACUGGAAUGACAAAAGAAUACAUCACUAUGAACCUGUACAACAAUGGCAUCAGAGAAAUACACUACCAUGCCUUCAACGGGAAGGAUAAACUGGUGUUAAAGAAUAAUCGAAACCUCAGAGUGAUCCAUAGAGAUGCUUUCAAAGGAGCCAAGGGCCCUGGAGUCUUGGACGUGUCUGCGACAGCUAUCGCGAAGUUACCACCACAGGGUCUGGAUACAGUUCUGGUGUUGUUAGCUCAGUCAGCGUACAACCUGAAGAGUCUGCCACCGCUGCAAGGACGAGAGGCCCAUCUCACCUAUAGUUUUCACAGAUGUGUUUGUGUGUCUCAUAUGGACAUUGCUAUCAAUCCUGCAUGGAAUAAUGUCUCAGCAUAUUGUGAUGAGAGUGACCCAUCAGCAAGGGUUCAGCAUGUGAUUGGAGGUUCAGCAGACACGACUCUAGUGAAGGACUUGCCAUUUUUCUCAGAUGUUGAUCCGCUUGUUGAGGACGAAGGCUUUGGAAACGUGAAUUUCCAUCCAACCUUGGUUUGCACACCUGAAGCAGAUGCUUUCAAUCCCUGUGAGGACAUAGCAGGCUUCAGUUUUCUCAGAGUUGCCAUUUGGUUCAUCAACAUACUGGCCAUCACAGGUAACCUGACGGUGCUCCUGGUCUUCUUCACCAACCGGAUCAAGCUGACAGUGCCCCGCUUCCUCAUGUGCCACCUGGCUUUUGCAGACCUCUGCAUUGGGAUCAUCUACCUUCUGAUGAUAGCUACUGUAGACUUGCGCACACAAGGUCACUACAGUCACCACGCUAUUGAAUGGCAGACAGGACCUGGCUGUAGUGCUGCAGGCUUCCUGUCUGUGUUUGGUGGGGAGCUGUCAGUCUACACACUUUCCAGCAACACCCUGGAGCGCUGGCACACCAUCACCAACGCUCUGCAGAUAGAGCGCCGUCUGGCACUCACACACGCAGCGAGUAUAAUGGCAGCAGGCUGGCUCAUCUGUCUGGGGAUGGGGAUGCUGCCCCUGGUCGGUGUGAGCAGUUACACCAAAGUCAGCAUGUGCUUACCCAUGGACAUUGAGACGCCUCUGGCUCAGGCCUUCAUCAUAGUUAUCCUGCUCUUCAACGUGGCUGCCUUCGUUGUUGUGUGCAUUUGUUACGUGCUGAUCUAUCUGGCAGUGAAGAACCCGGAGAUCCCUGGAAGAAGUGCUGACACCGAGAUCGCAAAGCGCAUGGCUGUGCUCAUCUUCACAGAUUUUCUCUGCAUGGCGCCCACCUCCUUCUUUGCCAUCUGUGCUGCGUUCAAGGUUCCCCUCAUCACAGUUACUUACUCCAAGAUUCUGCUGGUCCUCUUCUUCCCCAUCAACUCGCAUGCCAACCCCCUCCUUUACGCCAUCUUUACCAAGGCUUUCAGGAAGGACGCAUAUCAGCUCAUGAGCGCCAUGGGCUGCUGUAAAAGCAAGGCCAGUGUUUAUCGCAUAAAGGCUUACUGCUGCAAAAAUAAUAUCAAGAGCAACCUGAGAUCCAAUCAUUAAGGAUCCCACACAGGACUGAGGCUGGCCGACAUGCAACAACGGAGCCCACCCCUGAAAGAGGAGGUAGAGCUCACCUGA